AAUCUCUUAUCGUUUGGCCCACACACGCACACCGUAGAGAAUUUUUUUCGUUAACAAAUGGAUUGCUCAUGCAUAGAUACAUUACAUACUUAAUUCUUAGACAAAAUAGUUUUUUCAGAAAACGUAAUUAAGUUAUUUUAGAGAAAAGCUCUUUAAUAAAAUAUACUCCACCCACAGCUAAGCAAAAUCAUAGCCGGAAAAUGGAGAAAUUCGAGCUAGUAUUCAUCCCAUCUCCGGGGCUGAGCCACCUCACCGCCACCGUGGAGGCGGCCAAGGUCCUCCUCGCCCGCGACGGCCGCCUCUUCAUCACCGUCCUCACCAUGCAGCUCCCCAGCGACACCGCCGUCGACAGCUACACCGCCAAGUUCUCCGCCUCCUCACCGCCCCGUCUCGCCUUCGCCGCCCUCCCCGGCCUCUCCUACUGGGCCCCGCAGUCCACAACCUCCAUCAUCGAGUUCAUCGACAGCCAGAUCACAAACGUAAGGCAAAUCCUCUCAAACCUAAUCGAGCAGACCGGGGAUCACCAUCGGAUCGCCGGAAUCGUGCUCGACAUGUUCUGCGUCAAAUUCAUCGACGUCGCCCGCGAAUUCAAUCUACCAGCUUACUGUUACUUCACCUCAGGUGUGGGUGCGCUAGGUUUAUUUGAAUACUUAGUCAAAUUGAGAUUCGAGGAUAAUAAGGAGCUAUCGGAAUUCAAAGGCUCCGACGCCGAACUUGCGGUGCCGUGCUUCUCCCUCCCUGUUCCGGCGAAGGUGCUGCCGGCGAUGUUAGUCAACGACGGAUCGAUCGCCGAUGUUUUUUUGAGCUACCUCAAAAGAGUAUCAGAGACAAACGGCGUCUUAGUGAACACAUUCUACGAAUUCGAGCCCUAUGCCGUGGAUUCAAUGACGUCUGGCCGAGGCCCGAGAGUUUAUCCGGUCGGCCCGAUUUUGAACUUGAGCAGCCAAUUCAAUGAAGAUGAUGAUGUGAAGAAAUGGCUCGACGAUCAACCAGAAAAUUCUGUGAUUUUCCUCUGUUUUGGAACAAAGGGGAGCUUCCCCGGAGCUCAAGUGAGAGAAAUCGCUCUGGCUCUCGAAACUAGCGGCUGCAAGUUCCUAUGGUCCCUGAGAAAGCCUGGGGUGAAGGGAGCGGGGAAGCUCAUGGUGGAGUACGACGAUUUCGACGAGGUUUUGCCGGAGGGGUUCUUGGAGAGGACAAAGGGGUUUGGGAGGGUGAUCGGGUGGGCGGCGCAGGUGGCUGUGCUGGCCCACCCGGCGGUUGGGAGUUUUGUUUCGCAUUGUGGGUGGAACUCGACUCUGGAGAGCGUGUGGUUCGGGGUGCCCAUAGCGACUUUCCCGCUUCGUGCAGAGCAGCAAAUAAAUGCAUUUUAUCUCGUGAGGGAGGCGGGGUUGGCGGAGGCGAUUAGGUUGGAUUAUAGUGGGGAUUUUUCGGGGAAGGAGGCGCUGGAAAUCGUAGGGGCCGGGGAGAUUGAGGGGGCGAUACGGCGGUUGAUGGGGGCGGAGGGGGGCAGGGUGAGGAGGAAGGUGGAGGAGAUGGGGAGGAAGGGGAGGGCGGCUUUGGAGGAAGGUGGAUCUUCUUAUAAAGCUCAAGCUUUAUUUAUUGAGGACGUGAUUAGAAACAUUAAUGGUUAGUUAGUUAGUUAGUUAGUUUAUUCAAUUUUGGUUUGUGUUUUAUUCGUUUUUGGGAAUUAUUACUACGUCGUGUGUAUUUUGGAAAUGAUACUUGUGUGUUACUAGAUAAAUAAGUUGUAUGACGUGAAAAAUAGCUCGACUAAUUAGAUAGUGUGUGAAUUGAUUCGUUUGACAUCUCAA